AUGGACGACCCUCGUUACGUUACUCGCGUGGUACCCUACGCGCUCUACGCACUCUACGCACUCUACGCGCUCUACGCGCUCUACGCACUCUACGCACUCUACUUGCCCUCGCGAUCGCGAUCCUGUCGUCGUCGCCCGUCUUUUCAAAAAUACGAUAUACAAAAGCUCGCCGGCGCGGGUCCCUCCUGCCACCCCGCCCGCCCCGCCCGCCCUGCCCGCCUCCGACCCGCGCCUCUCGGGACCCCAGCGAUAGCCGCUCACAAUUACUGUCGCGGCGCACGCAAGGCGUGCGCGUGGUGUGGCCUACGGCCGACUUGCAUGGCGCGGCCUGGGCUUCGUCUGGAUGGCCCUGUGUGGUCCCUUACUCACGGCCGGGAACGUGAUUCGCCGACGACAAUUGAAUGCCUGGAGGUGGUGGUGGUAGUGGUGGUGGUGGUGACGGCCGGUGACUGUAUGCGAGCCCCGGCGCGAGGAGCGGAACGGGCCGCGGUAAAUGGGUCGGAUCCGCUCGGCUGGGUCCCGCGUGGGAGCGCGCGCGCGCGCGAGGGUCACCACUGGGUCACCUGGGUCACCUGCCCCCCCGCGUCGCACUGCUGCGGGAGAUUGGCGGGGAAAUGGGGGGUCAGAUUUGCCCCGCCCGCCGUGCCCGAGUCUGGAGUGCUCGCGGCGCGGUGCGGUGCGGUGCGGCGCCAGCGUGGGGGAGCUCUCGGUUCGGGUUCGCGAGCGCGUCGGGAGCAGAGGUGGGGGACGCGGGGUGCUGGGGGAGAUCGUGCCGAGAAAUCUCGAUGGGCGAUACGGCAUGUCCAUAAUGACCAUGAUGGCUUCUUUGCGCGAUUCGGGGCAGAAGCAGAAGCGUAUGCGGCAGAAGGGGUAGUCAUGCAGGCCGCGCCGGGCACAUACACACAUGGGUAUGUAAGUGUGGGCAUGGGACAAACGCGUUCUGGGCUCUCUGGGCACAAUUGUGCAAAUGGAUGCUUAAUGAAAGAAGGCCCGGAUGAAUUCGACUGGGCGGCUGUGGCACUCGAAAUGCGUCGCGCCUUCUGGGUCAAUUUCGAAAGCGUAUCGAUGGUCGACCGACCGGCUGCGCCGUCGCCGCGCAAGGGGGCAAACGUGGUUAUGUCGGGGAUCGGGUACAGAGGGAUACCCGAGUUUGGAAUCGAUUGGGGGAUUAGUGCGAUUGGUGCACCCGAGCGUAUCGCAGGGCGCGUGUGGCGAGGGAGCGAGGGAGGCCUGGGGCCUGCCUGGGGAAUACAGUGCCCUGGCAGCUGGGAUUGGGGCGCAAGGGGAGUGCGAUUACAGCACGCGGGGCCCGAUGGCGAGCGUGAUCGUGUCCGGUGCCAGGGUGGGCAAAGCGCCGCUGAAAUGGGGAAAGCCGCAGGGGACAGGCGAGGUCGGCAGGCGAGGCACGAUCCGCAGCGCCUGCUGAACGGAUCGAGGCGAAACAAUACGCGACGAGCGACACCUGCUGGACAGGGUGGCGCAAAGGGCGCGUGCUCGCACAGACUGUUCCACAUGCGGUCAAGCCAAGCCGGAGAAAGAGUUGUGACGGGGAGCGGUGCUGGUGAGGGUGCUCCUGGCUAG